CCAACCAGUCACACAGACUAAAAAAUGCAAAAUGUCUAGGUGUUAUAAUAAAUGAAAAACUAUCAUGGAAUCCCCAUAUUGAUGAAACUAUCAAAAAAUCAAACAAAGCAUUAGGGUUUAUUAAAAGAAAUUUCUGUAAAUCAAAUAAGAACUUAAAACUAAAAUGUUAUUUAACCUUGGUUAGGCCAACAAAACCCCCCACUAAAUUAGAGUAUGAAACCUAAAACAUAGUUUACAAUAAUGAUAUUGUUGUGUCUCUCUCCUUUGUUUCUUGAUUGAAAUUACAACAGCUGCCACCAAUUGGGAGAACAUUGCAACUCAGGUUCCAAAUAGGGUUAUACUUUAUUGAGUCUAAUGAGUUGACUACAAACUACUGUACAAUUGGCAACACUAAAUUUCUCCUAAAUUUAUACUGUACUGAACCUGUACUGGACUCUCUUCUUCUGAACUUGGACUGGAUUCUACUGUACCAGACUUGUCUUGACUUUGCCACUCUCUCUCAUAAAAUAGGGUCUCUGAAUGUCACCUGCCCUUUUUGGAUGAUCACAUUUAUCCCAAGGAUGUUCUUCUUGGGGUGUGUCACACCAACGGUUUUCUAAAUGAUAGUGACUGACAGAAAGUGUGCAUCGCUCAACAUGGAAAUGUUUUGUAAAGGUGGUUACAUCUCUUGGGAGACACUGGUCUAUAUAACAGCAGAGCCUGACAUCAAAGAUCACAUAAACUCUUUAACCAUAGUGUUGAUGCAAGAAACUGAAAGAUUCAAUAAACUGCUUAUAAUAAUCAAGACAUCAUUAGAACAACUGAAAAAAGCCAUCAAAGGUUUCGUAGUGAUGAGUGAGGAAUUGGAGAAUGUAUACAAUGCUUUUUUAAAUAACCAUGUCCCAGAAUUAUGGGCCAGAAACGCUUAUCCUUCGUUAAAGUCUUUAGCAUCUUGGGUUAAAGACCUGAUAAUGAGAUGUUGUUUUAUUGACAAUUGGAUCAAUAAUGGACCUCCUAAGUCUUUUUGGUUGUCUGGCUUCUUCUUUCCACAAGGUUUCUUGACUGGAACUCUUCAAAAUUUUGCUAGAAAGUACAACCAGCCUAUUGAUCAUCUCUCAUUCAAGUUCAUUCUCCUGCCAUAUUCUAGAGAAGAAGCUAUGGAGCAGUUGCGUACAGUUAAAAAGGGCGAAACAAUACCUAUGGAUCAAAAUCCUGACGCCAAAGGUCGUAUAAACUCUUUAACCAUAGUAUUGAUGCAAGAAACUGAAAGAUUCAAUAAGCUGCUUAUAAUAAUCAAGUUGGAUGUUCCUGAUGAAGGAGUGCUUGUACAUGGACUCUAUAUGGAUGGUUUUGCCUGGGACUGGGAUCACAUGACUGUUGGUGACCAAUUGAAAGGCCAGAUGCAGGCAAAGACAUUCUACUAACUUUGUUGUAACUGUCCACCUUCCUUCAAGCAACACACAAGAUUACUGGAUAGCCAAAGGUGAAGCACUCUUAUGUCAAAUUUCUGAUUAAUUUUGCUUACAGAUAAGUUGUAAAGCAUUUAACAAUAAAAACAAUGUCCAUUACAAA